AUGGCGAGCCCCGUCCUCAAGACCUCCGUCUCUCUCUCUCUCUUACAGAGGCUUCUCUCUCCGCGUCCGCUCAAGCUCUCUACUUCGCCGACCCUUCCACCGAGAAGGAGGUCGGCGCCGGCGCCGGCGACCGCCGGAAGUCUGACCGUCCGGUGAGCUGAUAAAAGCUUCUAAGAUUAGAAAUUCUCCCAAAUGCCCGGGCUGCUCCAUAGAACUCUCUACGUCGAAUUAGCCACUGUCGUCCUCUUCCUUCGAAUGCUCAUUGUGCACAGCCUCCUCUUAGGGUUUUCUCUUUCCUACGAAAUUCUUCCGUCCAAUGUUUCCUCGGUGCAGCCGGUGGAGCUUCUCUGCGGUGAGGAAAACACCCGACUGUCCAAUUGGCUGAUUCUUUAACACUUUGGUUGAAGGUCGGAGGUCUCCUUCGCCACCGGCGCCCACCUCAUCCCACACCCGAAGAAGGUACCUCAGAUGGUUCAGUUUCUGCUUCCCCUUCGUAAUUACCGUCUGGCCUCGAGAACUGACUGAUCUCUGGUUCUCUUCCUCCCUCUCCCUCUGCCCUCAGGUUGGUCGCGGCGGAGAGGACGCCUUCUUCGUGAAAAACAGCCACAAUGGAGGUGUUCUCGGCGUGGCCGACGGAGUCUCUGGGUGAGAAUCCUUCGAGCAAGGAACUCCCUGGAAAUGAAAUCCCUAAUCCAUGGCGAUGAAGACCUUCGUGCUCCUCCAAACUUACCUGUUGUCGUGCAGAUGGGCUGAACGAAACGUAGAUCCUUCGCUUUUCUCCAAGGAGCUGAUGGCCCAUGCUUCGAGCCUCGCGGAGGAUGAAGAGGUGCCAUCCCCAUCCCUCUGUAAACCGAAGUUUCUCUCUCAAUUGUGGAAAUUUCUGAAGCUCUAGCUCAUAUCACAGGUCAGCAAUGAUCCUCAGAUUCUUCUGGGAAAAGCCCAUGCUGCGACUUCAUCCAGAGGUUCGGCCACUGCGUAAGGUUCCCUAGUGUCUUUUCAAUGGGUGCUGACCAUGAUGGAUUCGAUCUUCUUCCCACUACCCAGGAAAAAAAAAUAAUUAAUAAUUUUCCAAGGAACCCACUUGGAUUCGAGAAUUUAGCAAUUUUAUCUCUGGGUAAAUUUUAUCUGCGAAAUAUUUCUAGAUUUGGCUUGAUUACUGUGCAUUCAGGACGAUUUCAGCAGUUUCCCAUGUCAUCCAGGCAUUCUAUGCCAUCUGAUCGAUACCCUUUCCACAUGCUUCUGGGUCCUGAGGCAUGAUUCCCAAUGACACUAGAGUGAUUCGAUCUUCUUCCCAGUACCCAGGAAAAAAAAAUGUAUAAUUUUUCAAGGAACCCACUUUAAUUCGAGAAUUCAGCUAUUUUUAUCUCUGGGUGAAUUUUAUCUGUGAAAUAUUUCUAGAUUUGGCUUAAUGACUGUGCAUUCAGGACGAUUUCAGCAGUUUCUCAUGUAAUCCAGGCAUUCUAUGCCAUCAGAUCGAUACCAUUUCCACAUGCUUCUGGGUUCUAAUGAAUGCUUAUCCAUUCAUUAGAACAUGCUCUGCUUCCCUUUCAUGGCAUUGAGUCAUCCACUCUGCGCCUCUGGAUAGGAUCAUCGCGGUGUUGGAGAAGGAUGGGACUCUGAAGAUUGCUAACGUUGGGGAUUGUGGGCUCAGGGUUAUCCGCAAAGGUGUGAUAGUCCAUGAUUUUUUUUCCGUUUUUUUCUUGUUUAAGAAUGAAAUACCCCAUGAAAUUUUGUGAUCAAGGAGAUUGUUUGAAGUUUUGUCACUGACAUGGCGAGUUGCUCGUCCCACAGGGCGAGUAAUCUUCUGCACCUCUCCUCUGGAGCACUACUUCGACUGCCCUUUCCAACUAAGCUCCGAGGCUCUCACUCAAACAUACAGCGACGCAGUGGUAUGCAUUUUUUUUAAUGUUAUUAUUAUUAUUAUCAUCAUCAAUUCUAAUUUAGUAAUUUAUUCUGUCAAGUUCGGUGUUUUAUCUGUCAAGUUCUCUAAAGUGUGGUAUGCAUUAUUUGAAUGUUAUUAUUAUUAUUAUUAUCAUCAUCGAUUUCUAAUUUAGUGAUUUAUUCUGUCAGGUUCUGUAAAGUGUGGUAUGCAUUUUUUUGAAUGUUAUUAUUAUUAUUAUUAUUAUUAUUAUUAUCAUCAAUUUCUAAUUUAGUGAUUUAUUCUGUCAAAUUCUGUGUGUUAUCUGUCAAGUUCUCUAAAGUGUGUUCAUAAUAAAAUAGUAAUCAGAUGAAGAUAAGGGGCUCAUAAUCGAGAUUCUGCAAAGAUUUAACAAGAAAAAAAAAUCGACAAAUUCCUAUUUUUCAGCAUUAUAAACAACUGUGGAGCAUUUCUAUUCUCCCAUCGAAUAAAAUCUAAAGAAAGCUUCUCGGAUCAGGUUUGCAGCGUGCGAUUGACCGUGGGAGACACAGUCGUCGUGGGCUCAGAUGGGCUGUUCGAUAAUGUGUUUGACCAGGAAAUCGUUUCCAUAGUCUCUGCAUCGGAUGAUGUUGUUGAUGCGGGUAGGCUCGGGGUGUUUGACUUCCACUGCUCUGGAUAAUCUCUCCGUUUUCUACCCUUUUUUUUUUCUUUUUUUUCACUCUAAUUCGAUCAUUUGCUCUUACAGCAAAGGCUUUGGCUGAUCUUGCAAGCAAGCAUUCUUUGGACAGUGGGUUUGACUCGCCCUACUCCUUGGAGGCCAGAACCAGGGUCUGGGACUUUAUAUUUCUCCUAAAGUUUAAUAUUCCAACUUUCGUUUAUAUUUUAAUUUUCCAGUCUGAUUCUCCGAAUAAAUUUCUUGUAUGAGGAUGAUGUGAAGCACGUUGAGGAUCAGAUCUACUCAUUUCUUGAAGAAGAAAAAAAUCAGAACCAUAUUUUUCUUAUCCUGCAUUUCUAUUUGUGAGCAGGGGUUCGAUGUUCCGGCUUGGAAGAAAGUCCUCGGAGGGAAGCUCACAGGCAUGGUCUCUCUCUCUCUCUCUCUCUCUCUCUCUCUCUCUCUCUCUCUCUCUCUCUCUCUCUCUCUCUUUCUCUCUCUCUCUCUGCUCGUCAUAGCACAAGCUGAUUAUUAAACCCUCUUCUCGUCAUAGCGGGAGAUCAAUUGACCAGCUUUCUCCUUUGCAGGAGGCAAGCCGGACGACAUCACCGUGAUUGUCGGGCGAGUGACGAACUCCUGA